AUGCAGUUGGACUCGUCACAGAUGGGUGGCCAUCGCCUUGGUCAUGUUCAGUUCGGCUCGGCAACCUCUGUAACGACACCCAUGUACGCUGCUACGGCAUCGCCUACGGAAGGACAUGCGUCAUUUGUUGCGAACAGCGUCAACAGAAUUCGUAAAGAUGACUUCGAUAUUUCGAUGGGUGGAGUUGCCUCGUUAGGGCAGUCAAGUUUGGAUACGAUGCCGUCUAAUUCCAUCGGGGCAGCCUAUGGACAAGCAGCGGCGGCAGCGGCAGCAUCCUCCGGCGUUGGGAGUUUGUCUCACCAAGCACAAGGUCCGCAAUUGCACCACCAUCAUCACCUUCCAGAUCUAGGGCAUCUAUCCAAAUCCAUGCGACGAGAUGAUGGUAGCGGAGCGCCGAGUAUGGUUGGACAAGUAGGGAUGCCACCACCAGCGCCACGCCCGCGCGGCCCGAAACUGAAGUUUACCGCUGAAGAUGACCAGCUUCUUAUCGAGUUAAAAGAGCAAAAGAACUUGACGUGGAAGCAAAUUGCGGAUUUCUUCCCUGGACGGUCAUCAGGUACCUUACAGGUCCGUUAUUGCACAAAGUUGAAGGCCAAAACUACGCAAUGGACUGACGAGAUGGACCAUAAGCUUCGAACUGCUCUGACCGACUAUGAGAAUGAAAAGUGGCGUAUUGUUGCGCACAAAGUUGGAUCCGGGUUUACACCAGCAGCGUGUAGGGAGAGAGUCUUGGAACUCAUCGGCGCCGACGACCCUGAUGCCACAUGGCAAUCCAUGUCUCCGAGAUCAGCCUCCGCAGCUGAGGAAUCAGACACAAUGGAACUACCGCAAAUACACAGACCAUGGCACGGAUGA